CUGAGAACCUAGGAGAAACACCAGAGGGGAAGCAGCAGCCACAGCAGCAGCUAACCAGGGAGAAAGGGAAGAAAGGAGAUCAGACAAAGGAGAAUACCCGCUAUAAAACUGGGAAAAAAACUAUAAAACUAUGUUCUGUUGCACAAUGGGCCAGAAAGGAGAGAAACCUUAGUUGGAAGAAGCAAGGGGAGAAAUCUCUAGGACCAAUGGAAGAAUAGAAAGAAGGUGUGAGGAGCCACCUGGGACUGACAAGUGUUGCCUAGGGGUUAUAUCAGCAAAAGUUCCUGAUCAGCAAAAGUGGCAACUCCACUGACAACUGGUAGGAAAAAGGAUAACAGUUGUAUCCCUCGUGAACAAGACAAUUCUUUUAUAUUUUCCUGGUGGUCCAGAAAUAAGAUUCUUUGGAAAAAGAAGCUAAAACAGAAAACACAUCUUAACUUUCUUUAUACAAUUGCCUGCAUGAGAAGCCUGAGUUCUAGGAAAGAAAAAAAGCCAAUCAUCUUGUCAGGACAAAUUGUAUAUUUAUUGGGCUGAGAAUAGUUCUUUGUGGAGUAUCUGGAGCUGUGAUUUGAAAACUUCACUGAUACUUUAUUUGCACUUUGGAUCGUAAGCAUGAGUGAGUUCUGGUUGUGUUUCAAUUGCUGUAUUGCAGAGCAACCUCAGCCUAAAAGGAGACGGAGGAUUGACCGAAGCAUGAUAGGCGAGCCAACAAACUUUGUUCACACAGCUCAUGUAGGAUCAGGUGACCUGUUCAGUGGAAUGAAUUCAGUUAGCUCCAUACAGAACCAAAUGCAAUCCAAAGGAGGUUAUGGAGGUGGAAUGUCUUCAAAUGUCCAAAUGCAGCUUGUAGAUACAAAGGCAGGAUAACCUUGGGAGCAUUUUCAGUUCAUGUGAAUUUCCAUAGUUCUUCUUUCUACUGUUUUGUUUUUGUUUAUUUGGAGUUUUUUGGUUUUUGGAAUUGUUUUGGUUUGGGACUUGGGGGGGAGGGGGCCCUUGAGACUACUUUCAUGCUUAUUUUAAGAAAGAAAUGUGAUAUGGGACCUUGUUCAACCUCUUGUGAUUACUUCAGUGAAAAGUUACUGUUAUGCUCCAAAGAAGCUGUUUGUAAAAGUGGAUCUUGUCAUGCCUUCCACUGGCAUGCAUGUUGUUGGCUUCUACCAAAAUAAUCGAUAAAUAGUAGACUGGGUUGUGAUUUUAUAUUUUAGAUAUUUUUUCAAGUUUGAAUAAAUAGGCAACUGAUUUUAGCAUGACAUUUUCCUCUAAUCACUACUAUACAGCAUAAGUUUGCCAAUUUUUUUACUUAAAAAAAGAAGCUUUUCUGUCCCUUCUACUCUUCUUGUUGUAAUUUUAGGUCCCAAGCAUGACAUGUUAUAAUUUUUUAUUUAUAUAUUUGGGGAAAGUCUAGGACCCACAAGCACAAUGAUCAUUUUCCCAUUUGUUUAAAGCCUGGCAAAGUAAAUGCCUGUGCUUUAUAAAGUUGCCUCUUUGGUGCCAGAAAUAAAAUUGCUCAUUUGCUGCAGCUUUUGUUGCUGCUAGUGGAGAAAAUUUAAGUAUGGCGCUAUAGUCAUAUCAGUAUCACCGAAAAGGAUAAUUUAGCUGCUUUAAAAUGAUGUCCCUUUUAGUUCUAUUUGAUCUUGAAAUAAAACAAAAGCUUGCAUUCAUAAGA